AUGAGUGAUGAUCUUAAAAAAAAAAAAAAAAAAAAAAAUCGCACAGAAUUUCAUAAACAAAACAAAGAACAAAAAGAGAUUCAAAUCACAUCAAAAAUAAAAAUCUUCUCUUUUCUUUUCUUUGCUUUUCUGUUUCUCCUAAAAAUCUUCUUUGCUUCCUCUCCUUCACCUCAACGGCGUCCGGAGAGCUUCCGUUUCUUGAAUUCUCGUGUCCAAAAUCUCGAAUUUUUGCUUCUCCAUCCCCCGAAAUGCCCCAAUCUUCUCUCGUUUGAAUGCCGAACCCCGGAGAACGAGAAAAUCGAUGAUUGUUCGAACUUACGGUCGCCGCAAUCGUAGAAUUGGCCGGACGUUCACCGACUCCCUAAACGACUCUGUCUCUGAUUCCCUCUCUCAGGAAACGAUGCCGUCUCAAGAUUUAUACGACUUCCCCUUCCCUUCGCAAGGAUCCUCUUCUUUUACUUCCCAGGAAAUCGACGCCUCAUACGAGAUUUCAAAUCACAACGUUUUCGAUUUCGACGACGAGGGAGACGGCGCCGUUGGGAGAUCCAAGAAGGCAAAGCACAAGCAUAGCAAGGUGGGGGCUUCUUCGCCAUGGGUUGCGGCCACUUCGACGUUGAUGGAGACGCAGGAAUUUGGGGAGAUGAUGGAGCACGUCGACGAGGUGAAUUUUGCGCUGGAUGGGUUGAAGAAGGGGCAGCCUGUGAGGAUCAGGAGAGCGAGUCUACUGUCUUUGCUUUCUAUUUCUGGUACUGCUCAGCAGAGAAGGCUGCUGAGAGCUCAAGGGAUGGCAAAGACAAUAAUUGAUGCUAUUUUGGGUCUCAGCUUUGAUGACACUCCUAGCAAUCUGGCUGCUGCUGCUCUCUUCUUUGUUUUAACCAGUGAUGGGUCAGAUGAACAUAUACUGGAAUCUCCCAGUUGCAUUCGUUUUCUGAUUAAAUUGUUGAAGCCAGUCACUGCUACUGCUAAUGAAGGAAAAGGACAAAAAGUGGGCUAUAAACUUUUGGCAUUAUGUAAAGACACUGACAUCUUGCGAGAUACACCUAAACGGUCUGAGGCAAGUUCUGCUGCAAUUUUUUCUAAAGUUAAGGAAAUACUUGUUGGUUGCAAGGAAAUGAAGUCAAGAAGUGGCAAAGAUAUUGGUUCUGUGAGACCAGAGUUAAACCCAAAAUGGAUGGCUUUGUUGACGAUGGAGAAAGCUUGCUUAUCAAAGAUUUCUUUUGAAGAUGCCACUGGUUCAGUAAGGAAAAUUGGUGGCAAUUUCAAGGAAAAACUGAGAGAGCAUGGAGGACUUGAUGCUGUCUUUGAAGUGGCUUUGAAUUGCCACUCUGUUAUGGAGGGAUGGAUGGAAAAUGGUUCGUCUUCUGGUUCUCAUGUUAUAGAUAAGAAGGAUAUUCAGAGUCUUGUGUUACUUUUGAAAUGUUUGAAAAUAAUGGAAAAUGCCACAUUCCUUAGUAAAGAUAAUCAGAGUCAUUUGCUUAGAAUGAAGAGAAACUUGGAUUCACAGGGAUCUCGACUAUCUUUUACAAAGCUUGUUAUAAGUGUCAUUAAGAUUCUCUCAGAGCUUUACCUAUGUAAGGGUCCUCCAUCCUCCAGCAAGGGAAAGUCUUCCAAUGAUUCUAAUAAUUCAGGCCAAGGUCCUAUGGGUCUAAUUGCAGAUGAUGGAGUGGAGAACAAUGAAGUUAUAUGCAUCAGUUCAGAAAAAUGCUCCAGCAUGGAUUGGAGUUUCUUAGGAAGGAGCUCCAAUUCAUCUCAGAACGAUCCAGGGCCUUCCACAUGCUCAUUGGGCCCUGUUGUUUCUAGCUCUCAAACUACCACUACAUCCGUGAAUGAUUCUUGCUUGCUCAAGAUGAGAGUCAACUCUUCCUUUUCUAGUUCUUGUAGUGAGGCAAUAAGAGGUUCAAAUGGACCUGUAAUUGGUCAUGGGUCAAGGGCUCUUGGUGAGAUUUCUAAGUGUACCAAAGAGGACAAGUGUCACUUUUCGGAGGAUAGUGAAGAUCCUUUUGCUUUUUAUGAAGAUGAUUUUGAGCCUUCAAAAUGGGACUUACUGUCGGGAAAGAAAAAGGUACCACGGACUAACAAACACGUAGUAAGAAACAGAGAGCAAGAAGAUGGGUAUCUUGACCAGCUGUUAAUGAGGCAACUAGAAUCUGAUAAUACAGAAGUUUACAAACUAAACUCAAUAAAUGAGGAAGAUCAUCAUUCUCAAGAAAUCUCUGGUUCUCAGAGUACCGAAGAAGAGAAUUCUGCCCUUCUCUCUGAUUGUCUCCUCACUGCUGUCAAGGUUCUAAUGAAUUUAGCAAAUGAGAACCCUAUUGGCUGUCGGCAAAUUGCUUCUUGUGGAGGACUGGAGACCAUGUCUUCAUUGAUUGCUAGCCACUUUCCUUCAUUUUGCAAAUCAUUGUCUCUUGAGAGUGAAAUUGAAGAGAAUUCUGUGUGUGUUGAACUUGAUCAUCAGAAUGACAGGCAUCUCACUGAUCAAGAGCUAGAUUUCCUUGUUGCCAUACUGGGUCUGCUUGUGAACCUAGUUGAGAAGGAUGGGCAGAACAGAUCACGGCUUGCAGCAGCUAGCAUUUCAUUACAAAAUUUAGAAGGGUUGGAAGGGGAGAGCCAUAGGGAUGUAAUUCCACUACUUUGUGCCGUCUUUCUUGCAAACCGAGGUGCUAGUGACACAGCUGGAGAAGUUGUGCAAUGGGAGGAUGAGGAUGCUGUUUCACAAGGAGAGAAAGAAGCAGAGAAGAUGAUUGUAGAAGCCUACGCGGCCCUACUACUAGCAUUUCUUUCAACUGAAAGUAGGAGCAUACGUGAUGCAAUUGCUGCUUGUCUACCAAACCACAACCUGGCAAUUCUGGUACCCGUGCUAGAGAGAUUUGUGGCAUUUCAUCUCACACUAGACAUGAUAUCUCCCGAGACUCAUAAGGCUGUGAGUGAAGUGAUUGAAUCAUGCCGAAUACCAUGAGAACUCAUAAAAGAGACGUUCUGUACAGCUUCCUUUUCCUCCGUUGAGAGUAGCUGGUUGUGUCAUAGUCUAUUGACCUUUUUCUUUGUUUCUCCACCCAAUUUUUUUUUUUUCCCACCCUUUCAUUUCUUUCAUUAUUCUUUCUGUAGCCACACCAUUUUCAUUGAUGUCGUAGGCUUGAGAUUGCUUGAUACGAAAUGAUAGCGUAAGCAAAAUGUUUUCUGACUUGUGUAUGUGUCUACCACUCUUAACAGCUAUAUAUGAGGAAAUGCACAUAGAAAC